CGUGCGGCUGUAGGCAUGGCGCUCUUCCACGUCGCGCGGUACGCAGGCCCCGAGGCGGCCGGGGCGGAGGCUGAGGCGGACGGCCGGGCGCGCGCGCUGCUGGAGCGGCUGCAGUGCCGCGCCCGAGAGCGGCAGCGGCAAAAGCAGCCCCAGCGGCAGGAGGCCGAGCCGACCGCGGAGGCGGCGGGGCGGCGGCGGCGGCGGCGGCCGCGCAGACCGCGGAGGCGCGAGGGCUGCGGGGCGGCGGGGAGCCCGCCCGAGCCGCGGGGGAAGCGGCGGAGACUGGACGGCGAGGCCGGGGGCGCAGGUGGGGCCGGGAGCGGCGAAGACGCGCCGGUGGACCCGGGUGGAAGUUCUCCCGCGGAGGGUUCGGCGCCCCCAGCCCGCGGCCUGCUGCUCGGGGCCCUCGGGAGGAGCAGGGCGGCCAAGGCCCAACCUUUCCUGCCAUUGUGGUUGGCUGAGCCAAGCUCUGUUGGAAAGAGCGUCACAGAAGACUUGGUGCCUAUUGAGGACAUCCCUGAAGUCCACCCUGACAUGCAGAAGAAACUGCAAGCACACGGCAUCUCGUCCUACUUUCCAGUCCAGGCAGCAGUGAUUCCCACUCUCCUGGAAAGCAUAGCCAACGGGUUCCUGGUGGCCAGAGGUGGCUACCGGCCCAGUGACCUUUGUGUUUCUGCCCCGACGGGCAGUGGGAAGACCUUGGCCUUUGUCAUUCCUGUGGUACAGGCCUUGCUAUGUCGAGCUGUUUGCCAGGUCCGUGCCUUGGUUGUGCUGCCCACCAAGGAGCUGGCCCAGCAGGUGAGCAAAGUGUUUAACAUCUACACAGAUGCCACUCCUCUGCGUGUCGCCCUGAUCACUGGGCAGAAGUCACUGGUCAAGGAGCAGGAGAGUCUCGUCCAGAAGACAGUAGACGGCUUCCGCUGCUUGGCUGACGUGGUGGUGGCCACCCCUGGCCGCCUGGUGGACCACAUUGACCAGACCCCAGGAUUCAGCCUCCAGCAUCUCCGCUUCCUGAUCAUCGACGAGGCCGACCGGAUGAUAGACAGCAUGCACCAGUCCUGGCUGCCCCGGGUGGUGGAGGCAGCCUUCCCGAGUGAUGUUGCCAAUGACCCCUUUGCUCUGCUCCAGAGGAGACAACUCCAGGCCACCACUGCUGCCAGUAUCUCUUGUCCUCAGAUGCCGCUCCAGAAGCUGCUCUUCUCGGCUACCCUGACACAGAAUCCUGAGAAGCUGCAGCAACUAGGCCUCUACCAGCCCCGGCUCUUCUCCACAGGGCUAGCAGGCAGGGGCCCCAGAGACAUUGACAGGGACGGGGAGUCAGGCGGGAAGUACACCUUUCCUACAGGGCUGUCUCACCACUACGUGCCCUGCAGCCUCCGCACUAAGCCCCUGGCCAUCCUGCACCUGAUUUUGGAGAGGAAUUUCUCAAGGGUCCUUUGUUUUACCAACUCCCGCGAGAACUCUCACAGGCUCUUCCUGCUAGUCCAGGCUUUUGGAGGUGUGGCUGCGGCUGAGUUUUCCUCCCGCUGCAGGCCUGGCCAGAGGAAGGUGGUUUUGAAGCAGUUUGAGCAGGGGAAGAUUCAGCUCCUCAUCAGCACAGAUGCCAUGGCUCGAGGUAUUGACGUGCAGGGUGUGCAGCUGGUAAUCAAUUAUGACGCCCCCCAGUAUCUGCGGACCUACGUGCACCGGGUGGGAAGAACUGCCCGUGCUGGAAGAACCGGACAGGCCUUCACUCUGCUCCUCAAAGUGCAGGAGAGGAGAUUCCUCCAGAUGCUAGCUGAAGCCGGCGUGCCCAAGAUGGCACGGCACGACAUCCAUAGUGAGCUCCUGCAGCCUCUCGUCCCUCGGUACGAGGAGGCCUUGUCUCAGCUGGAGCAAGCUGUCAAGGAAGAGCGAAGGCAGAAGGUGGCCUAGACAGGCUCGGAGGACUGCAGGCUGAGCCCACUGCAGAGCAGGCUCUUCCCAUCCUGUGCCUCUUCCAGGGCUUAGCCUCAUCCUUUCUGAAACAAUACUGAAUGGUGGCUGCUAGAUAUGUGAGCAAAAGACAGAUUCCUCUGAUUUCAGAGGGAGCUGGGAAUGUGGGGCCGUGUUUGGCACACCUGGCCAGAGGCAGAAACACCAUUGUACCUACAUCUCUUAGUCUGUGGGAAAUAACAAUCCUGUUCAACGUGACUCAUAUAUCAAAUGUCAUUAAUACAGUCUUUUUUCUUUGUUCUAUAUAUUAAGGUUUUAGGAAAUUUUUAAAAAUUCUAUGCAGGUUUUUUUUUUAAUUCAGUUAAUUAACAUAUAGCAUAUUAUUAGUUUCAGAGGUAAAGGUCAGUGAUUUAUCUGUCUUGUGUACACCAUGCUCAUUCCAUCACAUGCCUUCCUUCAUGCCCAUCACCGAGUCACCUUAUCCCCCGUCCCCCUCCCCUCUAGUGACCUUCAGUUUGUUUCCUAGAGUGAAGAGUCUCUUACAGUUUGUCUCCCUCUCUGAUUUCGUCUUCUUUUAUUUUUCGCUUCCUUCCUCUAUGAUCCUCUGUUUUGAUUCGUAAAUUCCACAUAUAAGGGAAGUCAUACUAUCAUUGUCUUCUUCUGACUUCUGACUUAGUUCAUUCAGCAUAAUACUCUCUAAUUCCAAGUACAUCAUUGCCAAAUGGCAAGAUUUCAUUUUUCUGAUGGCUGAGGCACAUCCAUCGUAUCUAUACACCACAUCUUCUUUUUCCAUUCAUCUCUCGAUGGACAUCUGGGCUCCUUCCACAGUUUGGUUAUUGUGGACACUGCUGCUGUGAACAUUGGGGAGCAGGUGCCCCUUUGGAUCACAAUGUUUGCAUUCUUUGGGUAUGUUUCAUUGUUUUAAAUAACCUACUCAUCAGAUGACAAAGUCGCUUUACUUCCUCAAGCGGGCAGUCCUCAAGUGCGAUCUUAGUGUUUACGGGUAAUGGACACGAACAAAUACAUUCAUACUUUCCAAGUUGAGGACCAAAGGACCACAUCACUGAUCCAGCAGGUGUUCUCAAGUGUCACCUGUUACCAUGUCUUCCUCCAAGGCCUGAGGGUGGAAGGAUGCCAUUGUGAUACGUCCAAGUUUCUCAGUCAUCUGCUUGUCAAUGUUACGUUUGGAUUUCUAUAAAAUAGUGAUUGUGUCAUCUAAGGACAAUGAUGUUCGCUGUCAGUCUGGGACCUGUUAUGUUUGCAAUGAUCUAAUGAAAAUUUGUGGACUUUUUUUUUUACCUCA